AUGCGCGCACUCCUCCACCGAUGGCUAAUGAGACCAAAUACCUCGCGCCCGCCUCGACACCUAUUCGCAGCCAAUGGCGCCAGGAUUGGGCACUACCCAAUUCGCCGCCAUGUCGCCCCCGUUGCGCGAUAUGAGCACAGCCGCGAUGACACUUCAGCGGUUGAGAACGAUGAGGCCAAGGGACCACCCAUUCGCCGAGUAAUGAGCAACACGAGUCAAGAUGUCGACGAUCUGCUUGGGACGAGUGUCCGAGAAUACAACAUGCGUGCUUCCACAGCUUCUGGUGUUCUUUCGGUCGACCAAGGUGCCGAUAUCAAGGGAUCGUUCGCCGAGCUGACACAUCAGGCUGAUGUGGACAACGACAGCAAAGUGGGCAAGCUACUGGUAGAUCGACCCGAGCAUCGCCACAACUACAAGCUUUGGGUAGAGCUGAUGCUUUUCAAACGUCGAAUCGCUGGAAACCAGGGGGUGGUCGAAGUAUGGAACGGCAUGAGGCGGCGAAGGGUCGACCUGCCAACCGAGGGGGAGGAAGCACAAUUGAUUUGGGAGGAGUGCAUCCGCGUGACUUGCGCAGAUGAUCUCACUCAGCAUCAGAAUUCAUGCAAAGUGCGGAAAGAGAUCAUAAACCAUGCAGUGGGCUUAAAGGAGAGGACUGGCAAGAGCUACGGGCCACUAUACCGAUCGUUGGUCGGCAAGCUGCUGACCACUCCAGACGCCCUCGCCGGCGACGCGCAUGAGCAGCUGUCACAACAUGGUCUUGGGUUCCGCCCGGGUGAGAUAAAGCAUCUGGUGACGAACGUCCUGGAGAAUCCAUUUCCGUACAUAGCACUCCUUGCCUUCAAGCGCAUCUACAUCAGUAGCAAUGAACGCGACCUCUACGACUCUGCCAUGCCCCUGGUCUUGGAAGUGCGCGGUGCGGAGCAUGCGCUGUUGUGGCAUCGCAUGUUCCUUGCGGCUGGCGAUGUACCUUCAGAUGCUAUCCUCGCGAUGCCCCAAAUUCGACAGCUUUUUGAGCUGGAUAAGGAUGCAGCAUUACCUGCUCGCCUGAGGCAUAGGAAGUAUCGCCAAGCGGCGCAUCACGCUAUUGAAGAGCGUGCGAAACUACGCGAGCAUAUUCCGCUCACUCGAGAGGCGAUGUCCGGCCUCGUCGGUGACGUGCAUGGGAUCAAACCCAAAGAGAUCAGCGAUUCGUUCGUCGCAAAGAUGUUUGCCACGAGUGCGUUUUCGCUCAACCUUGUUGUGAGAGGUCUCAGCUUCUUCUCAAUUCAAGAGCUUGGCCCGCUUGCGGUACGUGAGGUGGCAGUCCGAGCCGGCUCUGCGAUCUCGUUUCGCAACGUCUUGGCGGACCUCAAGUCCCUGAACGUCACAUUAGCUGAUACCGCAUACUGCCGCCUUGUGACCAAGAUCGCGGGAGAUGGUCAAACGGAACUCUUCAAGGCGCUUCUGGCCAGCGAUCAGCAUCCUGAAUCUUACGACGACACCACGACGCAGGAAGCUUUGCUCAGUGAGUACCUAGAGCAGGAGCUUUGGGCCAAUGUCAAUGUGACUAUGACGAGCCUCUCACUCUCUGGCGUCCCUCUCGAGCGCCGUGCGAUCAACGUGCUAGUACAGUACUACCUACGAAACCGCAUAUGGUCUCUAGUAAGCAGCACGAUCCAGAAGAUGCAGUCCGAGCAGAUCGCGCCGACGGCACGGACUCUAAUCUACCUCUUUCGCUAUAUGCUACCCGAACGACAUCCCGGUAACGCACCGAAGAGGCAACACCCUGACGGCAAGCCGCCCUUCGAUAGCCUAGAGUUCGUGACUACUGUGUGCAUGUACUCGCAAGACGCACGAGCCAACGUGCCACGCUACUACUGGGUGGAGCUGCUCAAACGGUAUGGUCUGACGUAUCGCUGGGAAGGGCUGGAGAAGUUGUGCUUGUGGCUUAGUAGUCAUGGGUCUAUGCAGAGUCAGCGACUGAAUGUUCGAUUUGGGGGUAGGAGAGUCGUCUUGAAACGACCUCAAUUGCUAAUCAACGAGGUCUUCACGCGGCAGAUGCAGCAAGCAAUCUUCGUGUGGGGUUUCAAUUCUGCUGCUUUGCGGCACCAGCUUAGCAUGUCACCUCCGCGGGCAACGGGAGCACAGGUCGCGACUUGGACUGAAAAAGUAGUGCACCACCCAUGGACUCAAGGACUCCGCUUGCUACAACAAAUGAAGCAUUGUCAAAUCUUAAUCAACGACCACAAUCUUCAGCGAGCGCUCGUAAACCGAAUGUGGAUCCUCUUCGGCCCCGGCAAUUCCUCCCAACGCUUCAACGAGUUCGCAAGACGGGAGAACAUUUUACAGCUAUCCGACUACAUACGCCAGGCGCGCGAAGCCUACGACAUCGAUCUCGCUCCACAAGUGCGUCCCGAGGACUUGACGGAUACUUCACGGCAUCAAGCCCGACUUAAGCUGGCUUUCUUCGGUCCUCAUCGGCAGGGUUCGGCAGAUACUCGUGCUCGUCGCCAGAACUGGACGGAUGUUACAGCAGGAGGAGACAGUGGUAUCAUAGCAAUUAUCGCGUUGUGA